AUGCUCAUCAAACCAUCACGGCUCAGCAUCGUUCAGCGGAGUUGGUCGCGUCGUCGCAAACGACCAACAUGGACAAUCGACGCCGGUCCAGGAGACACGCAGCCAUUUGCUAUGAUUCGAACGGGCGCGAAUUUCGAAGCCUGGCUUGCUCUGCCGACUGUACAUACUCACACUCUAUUGUGGUACAAUCUCUGCGUCGUGGGACGAAGGCGUUUCAAAGACGGACGGGAGUGGAUCGAGACCGGUGAGAACGGCUAUUUUUACAACCGCAGCUUUCUCGAGGAUGAUUUACUGCUGAUGUGCCUGGAAGAGGGUGAUGUUGAAGAAGGAGUCGCAGGGAAGUUCUCAGAUCAGAAUACAAGCACAUUCGACUGGAUCACCCAAGAAGUUUGGGCUCGCACCAUCUGGCGCAUUGUUCAAAGCAACCGCGGACCGGGACACAUAUUCGCAACCCAGGCGGUCAAUCAUCCAGCGGCAGCGUACGGCGCGGUCAUCGAUCUUUUGACGAUCGCAUUCCAUUCCAUUGUAUUCCGCGGCGGCGAGUCAAUCUGGCACAAAUUGAUCUUGAGUGGCGAUGAGACUCAGACACCACCCACGCCAUCUACGAACACGACCGACACCGCUCUCGACGGCGAGGUUGCUCUAGACCACCGUUCGGAAACCGAAGGGUCGAGCAGCGAUUCCGAAGAAACAAGCAGUGGAAGUUCUGAUGAUAUUUCCAUGCUCGACAGCGAUGAGGACUUUGAGCUGCCACAGACUCCAGAAAAGGCUUCGAAGAUCACUCAACCGCCGCAGACUCCCGGCGCUCCCAAGAAGGCGAAGACUCAAGUCUCAAGCGAGGAAAUGAUGCAAAGGUGGCUUCACACGUCUGCUGAUGACCAGGAAGUUGAUGACAACAUCGUCGUAGCACCGGGCAGAACAACUGAGGGUACUUUGCAUCUCGUCGACCAAGAGGGGAUGCCAAUUACGGGAUAUCGGCUCGCAUCCAAGUCUUCGGAGGAAACUGGCAUGCAGAUCGAUGACGGCUGGAACGAGACAUCGAUGGCUUUACAUCGUCCUCAACUGCGUGUUGAUACUGACGCGCUGGAAGCCCAGGGUGAGGCAAAUGAAGUGACGCUUUUCGAUUUUUUAAUGGCUCAGCAGCGGCGGAGGCGCCAAUUUCGGCUCCAUCCGAAAGCAGUGAUGUCUAGCAUGCUGAUAAAUGCUUCAGGUUACAGUAGUAGUGCGAAUGAUGUAUUUAUCAAGGUCAUGGCGGACUGUAUCCUAGCCAACCAUUCCAAUACCAAGGACGCCUUUGCCAAUACCAAACUGCCCGAUGUACGAUCCACUAUCCGAUACCUAGGUACCGCGCGAGCCGACAAUUCCAAUUUAAUGCCCGUGCGCGCGAUACCCUCCUUUCUAGCAUCCGGUACAACAUUGGGUCUAUUUAAACUGUCAGUAGUACUCCCAGAUAACAACGGUGUCAACAUUACUUACGCAGCCGGUCACAAUUAUACCGCUUCUCUAGCCUAUACUCUCCGAGACCAAAAUAGUUGUCCGGAUUCCUUGGACGUAUUGAAGCUGAAGCGGUCGCAGUUAGGAGAGCUGCGACUACAAUAG